CCGAUCAAAAUUUAAUUUAAUAUAAUUAAAAAAGAUUAUUAAUAAUUUACAAUUUUCAUAUAAAGUAAAAUGAAGCUUAUCGAUACAAGUAGAUUAUAAGAAUAUUUAAAAGUAGAGCCAAAUGAAAGAACAGAAUAGCUAAUAAAUUAAAUAUAUAAUGAAGUAUAUUUUUUUGAAUUUUUUAGAUAUCUUAAUUAGUCUAGUCAAAAAAAUUUUAUACUUAAUUAUUGCUGCAAGUUUAUGACAUGCAUCUAUUAAAAAAAGAAAUAAAUAGAAUAAAAUAGAGAUAAUAUUUGGAUUAUGCUAGAGGGAUAACUUAAUAUCUAUAUACCUACUUAAGCUAGUAAUUAAGAUGAAUAAUAAUAUGAUAAACCUAAAAAAAAAUAUGUUAGCAUGCUAACUCAAGGAUAAUGCCUUAAUUUAACAACUGUGUGCUUUAAAAAAAUUACAUCUUUUUAUUAUGAAUGUACAGAUUAAGUAGUUUUGCUAAGUAUUCCUUCGUUUGUUGAUAGUAUUUCAUUAAUAAAGUAGAUAUACCCUAUUGUAAAGGCUGAUUAUGAUUCUAUUUUUGAAACAUUAAUCUAAUUUGAUUAAUUUUAUACUUAGCAACAAGUAAGAGACAUCUUGUUUGUCAGCAAAAAAUGCGUUUAUAAUAAAGGAAACAUAUAAUUAAAAGGCAAUGGUUUAAUUAUAUUCAUUGUUUAAGGAGAGUUUUCAAUUUUCAAAGAUUUCUAUAAAGAACAAGUGUAACAAAAAGAAAAUUAAUUCUAUAAUCGCUAUCAAAAAAAAGAAGAUGAUUUAGAGAAAAAUCAUACAUAGGAUAGCGAAGAUGAAUACAAUACAAUUAAUUCAAAUUAAACAUAAAAUAGCACAGGUACUUAAGAACUCUAAAAACUUAAAAUGAAAUUUAAAAAAAGGAAUACUCAAGUUUUCAAGAGAAUCCAAUUAGGUAUAAAAAAGCCAGGGUCAUUAGCUGUUUUAGGAAAAAAGGAAGAUUCUGUAGAUGGUAUAGAAUGUCUUGAUGGUGAAGGUGUAGUUUUUAUAUGCACCGAAGAUCAGUAUAAUUAAAUAACAAAAGAACAAGAAAGGAAAAGCAAUGCGUACUAAGCAGUUAUUGCGUGUUAAAAUAUUUAAAAUACUAAUAGAGCACCAGAUAAUUCUUAAGAUAAAAACGAAUUAAUUGAUAAAAAAAAGAAAAGUAUUUUAAAUUAAAAUAGUUUGAUUGCAAAAAUAUAAACAAAACUUGCUAGUUAGUAAGAUAAAAAUAGCAAAAAAAUUCCGUUUCAAGAUCAACUAAAAUAGGUCAAAAAUAAUGAAAGUUUUAAAGAACUGUAAUAAGAAGAAGAAAUAGUAAAAUAAUAAUAAACUGAUGAAAACACUACUACUACUACUAUACUUGGUGCUUCUAAAGGAGAUCAGCUAAGAAGCAAAUAUGAGCUAGACUACAGAAAAUCACUAAUAAAUAAUAUUGGAUAAUAGCUUAACACUUUUGCAAACUUUAUUUAUUCUAACAAAAAAAUAAAAAAAGAAGUAUUAGCUAAAGAAAAUAUUUAAAAAUAAAAUGGGAAUGAAAAUAAUUUAAAUGUAGUAAAUGAAAAACUGGAUUUAUAAAUUUCGUAAUCUAAUGCCAAUGAAAAUGUUUAAAGCCCUUUAAAACUUCCUGAAAACGAUGAAUAAAAACUAAGUAGAUAUCUAAUUCCUAGUUCACCAGAAAAGAGGCAAGCUAAAAAGAAAACUCUCCCUGUCAACCCAUUAUAUCACUCAUAAAAAGGAACAUUAAGAGGAAUGAGUUAAAAUAAAUUACCAAGUAGCUAAGAAAAUAUAGUGAAUUAAACUUCUCUUACAAACAACGAGUAAUCUAACUCACCUUCUGCCUUUUAAGAAUAGCAUUUUAUCAGAGAGACUAGCAUUUAAAAACGAAUAGCUUAAAAUGAAAACUAUCAUUUAAGAAAUGAAUCAAAUAAAUAAAAUAGAUCAAAAUCACUUUUUUAAACUUAAACACCUACAGAAAUCAUAAAUAAUCCAACACCAUCAACUAGAUUAGGAAAAUAGAUGAUAGCAAAUAAUAGUAUUGAAUCUCAUUUCGAUGUACCAAACUCACCUAUAAAAAUAGUAUAAUAAAAUUCUAUAAAUUUCACAUCUAAAUACAAUCAAAUUAUAAGUUUAAGUGGUCAAAACCACCAAAGGACAGAGUAUAGUGAUUCACCUACUCAUUUUUUAGAUUAUAAUUUUGUUAGUACUCCAAAUAAUAAAAUAAAUGAUAUUAAUACUCCUAAUAGUUUAAAUUAUUCUAAUGUUUAAACAAAAAACUUUACUGAAAGAUGUUAAUCUGCUUUUGUAAAAAGCUAAACAUCAUUAAAAAAGAGUAACCACUUUAUAAACUCAGAAAAAAAUUUACUUAAAUAGAAUUUUUCUUCUACAAAUAAGGAUUGUAAAAAAAUAGAUUUAAAAGUGAGAAUUAGUACUUGUGAUACUUAUAGCUUUAUACCACACAGACAACCUGAAGUUUGUGGAUCAUAAAGCCAUAGAUAAUUUACAAAUCAAACUUAAGGAGACGAGUAUAAUACCUGCAAUACGUUCAGUUCAAGUAACUUGAACUAGUAUCAAAAUUCAAGCAUUAACAAGUUUAAUAAAAUGUAAAGAUCUUUGAAAGAAACACCUAAAAACAAUAUUAAUAAGUUAUCUAGUAAUAGUAAUAGUGAAGCCUCAUAAAAUAAAUAAAUUUUUUCUAGAAGAGCUUAAUCUGCUAAAAAUUUAAGAGUUUAAUCUAACAAAAUAAAUUUAGAAAUAUAAAAGCAAAAUAAUGAACAAAUUUGUCUUUUUAUUGGUUCUAAUACAACUACGAACAAAGAUAAGCUAUAAGAUAAGAAUAUAAUUUAAAUACUUUAUCCAUAGAAAGCUAGUAUAUCUGAAAGAAAACAAAUCUCUAGGGUAUAAAAAUCAAAAAAGCAACAAUUUAAUCAUCUGACAAUUAAUUCACCUAAUAAAUUAAAUUAAGAAAAUGGAGUUUAAAAAUCAUUAGAAAACGAAUUUAAAAUCUUUUUAUAAAAAAAAUUAAGACCACAGAGUGCAUUAAAUAGAUAUCAAGGAGAGUAAUAAAUUAAUUAGCUUAAUAAAAAAGUAUUUGGAUAGUUUAUGCAAUCUCUAAAUAACACACCUUCAAAUUAAGAAAAAAAAUAGCAAUAACUCUCAAUAUCAGCUAAUAACUUUUAAUCAAUUAAAUUAAAAACUUUUUCAAGUUUUUCUCAAAUUUAGCAACAAAAAAAUAAAUUAAUUUGA